UGUGAGUGAGUGAGUGUGACUGUGUGUGUGUAUGUAUGUAUGUAUGUGUGAGUGCUAGGAAGUUGCAGCUGUUGGUCGUGAUGCCUCCCCCGCUGCCACCCCUUUCGUCCCUCCCGCCCUGCAGCCGGCGUCCCUAGGGGAGAACCUGGGCAAGCUUUCCCCAGGCUUGAGCCUCACCGGCUCCAGCCGCCAGUACGAACUGAGCAGGUGAGCUGAACGCGGAGCUUUCUGACCCGGUGGGACUGAGCGCCUUUCACCAGGGCAGGACUCCUGGCUCUGGGGAGCGCUGACUUUGGGCAGGAUUUGUUGAAGUUUUAAACUGAAGCACUCCCCAGCAAAAAGAAUUUUUUUACAGUAACUUAUAUAGUCAUGGAUCUGGAUAAACCAUCUGUCUGGGGUUCAUUGAAACAGAGAACACGGCCUUUGUUACUCAACUUAAGCAAGAAGAAAGUGAAGAAAAACUCAGACAGAACUCUGAACUUAAGAGAAAGUUGUCGUUUGGACAGACGACUGAGCUUGUCAGUACCUGACAUACUGGAGGCUGGGGCUUUGGCCCAAGAUGGGCAUUCUUAUUCAGGGCAUCAGGCCUCGUUCACAUCUGUACCUCAUGGUCUUUCUACUGCUGGAAUGUCUCUCAAGAACAGCAGUAAUUCCUUGAAACAAUCUGAAGAAGACUCUGAAUGGAUCCAGGAGGAGGUAGCCCAUUAUGGUGUAGCUGAAACAGUUUCUGAAAACAUGUAUGCCUCUGUAUUGGAGGAAAGGAGGGCAUCUAGUGAUGGUAUCUUUGAGGUACUUCAGAAGACAAACCUGGCUGGUGAUAUAGUAGAAGAAGCAGAGAACCCAAUUGGAUCUAGUGAUUUGGAUACUUCAAUGACCUCCCAGCUUUUUGAAGAGCAAUCUACUCUAGAAGAAGCAGGAGAUUGCUUAAGUAAUCUCCCCAGCCCUUUUGCUUACCUCCUCACCAUACACCUGAAAGAAGGCAGGAACCUUGUCAUUAGAGAUCGCUGUGGUACAAGUGAUCCAUAUGUGAAAUUUAAGCUGAAUGGCAAGACUUUAUACAAAAGCAAAGUCAUAUACAAGAACCUGAACCCAGUUUGGGAUGAGAUAGUUAUAUUGCCAAUACAAAGCCUUGAUCAAAAGCUGCGAGUUAAGGUAUAUGAUCGAGAUCUAACUACAUCUGACUUUAUGGGUUCUGCCUUUGUAGUCCUUAGUGACCUUGAGCUUAAUAGAACGACUGAACAUAUUUUAAAACUGGAAGACCCAAACAGUUUAGAAGAGGACAUGGGGGUUAUUGUUUUAAAUCUAAACCUGGUAGUCAAACAAGGUGAUUUCAAGAGAAAUAGAUGGUCAAAUCGGAAGAGGUUAAGUGCAAGUAAGUCCUCUUUGAUACGUAACCUGCGACUUUCAGAAUCAUUGAAGAAGAACCAACUCUGGAAUGGAAUUAUUAGUAUUACUUUAUUGGAAGGGAAGAAUAUCUCUGGAGGAAGUAUAACAGAGAUAUUUGUCCAAUUAAAACUAGGAGAUCAGAAAUAUAAGAGCAAGACACUGUGUAAGAGUGCAAAUCCUCAAUGGAGGGAACAGUUUGAUUUUCACUACUUCUCUGACAGGAUGGGCAUAUUGGACAUUGAGGUGUGGGGAAAGGAUUACAAAAAGCAUGAGGAACGUUUGGGGACGUGUAAAGUGGAUAUUGCAGCCCUCCCACUCAAGCAAGAUAAUUGUUUAGAGCUGCCACUGGAGAAUCGUCUUGGCUCACUGCUUAUGCUGAUCACACUUACACCCUGUUCAGGGGUCUCUGUCUCUGAUCUCUGUGUCUGCCCGUUGGCAGACCCCAGUGAAAGAAAGCAGAUUUCCCAACGCUUUUGCUUAUGGAAUUCCCUGAAAGAUAUGAAGGAUGUUGGCAUUUUACAAGUGAAAGUUUUAAAGGCAUUAGAUCUCUUAGCUGCAGAUUUCUCAGGAAAGAGUGAUCCAUUUUGCUUAUUAGAAUUGGGAAAUGACCGACUUCAGACACAUACAGUGUACAAAAACCUCAAUCCUGAAUGGAACAAAGUUUUCACAUUUCCUAUUAAAGAUAUCCAUGAUGUUUUGGAAGUGACAGUAUUUGAUGAAGAUGGAGAUAAGCCCCCUGAUUUCCUUGGGAAAGUUGCCAUCCCCUUGCUGUCUAUUAGAGAUGGGCAGCAAAGUUGCUAUGUACUGAAGAAUAAAGAUUUAGAACAAGCUUCAAAAGGAGUUAUUUAUUUGGAGAUGGAUGUCAUAUAUAAUCCGGUAAAAGCAAGCAUCAGGACCUUUAUGCCCAGAGAAAAGCGCUUUGUAGAAGAUAGCCGCAAGCUUUCCAAAAAGAUUUUAUCAAGGGAUGUUGAUCGUGUAAAAAAAAUUACUAUGGCAAUAUGGAAUACAGUCCAGUUUCUUAAAAGUUGUUUCCAGUGGGAAUCUACAUUGAGGAGUAUAAUAGCAUUUGUGGUAUUUCUGGUCACUGUCUGGAAUUUUGACCUGUACAUGAUCCCCCUGGGUUUAUUGUUGCUCUUUGUUUAUAAUUUCAUCAGACCCAUGAAAGGAAAGGUCAGCAGUGUCCAAGAAAGCCAGGAAGGCACAGACAUAGAUGAUGAUUAUGAUGAAGAUGAUAAGGAAUCUGAGAAAAAAGGUUUCAUUGAAAGAAUCUACAUGGUCCAAGACAUUAUUACUACUGUUCAAAAUGUCUUGGAAGAAAUGGCAUCUUUUGGAGAACGAAUUAAAAACACAUUUAACUGGACAGUCCCAUUUCUCUCUGGACUGGCCUGUUUAGCACUGGCAGCAGCCACCAUUACUUUGUACUUCAUACCACUGCGCUACAUCAUUUUAAUAUGGGGAAUAAAUAAAUUUACUAAGAAGCUUAGAAAUCCCUAUGCCAUAGACAAUAAUGAGCUACUAGAUUUCCUCUCCAGGGUACCAUCUGAUGUUCAAAAGGUGCAGUAUGCUGAAUUGAAACCAUACAGCAACCACAGUCCCCUUAGGAAGAAGCGGAGUGCUCUCUAGGACACAUACCGAUUUUGGAAUGUAGCAUCUUUUGGGGGUUUGGUUUAGACCAGCACUAAAACCAUUAUUGCCCAUAUAGUCAUUCUGGAAGGGCAUAUUUAUUUCACAUUCUCCCAACUCUUUCCUGUAGGGACUCAUGGAGUAUUGGCACUGGGUUGUGUUUUUUUUUGUUUGUUUUGUUUUGUUUUUUGUUUUUUUUGCAAAGAGGGUCAGCCCAAUUGGAGGAGGCAAUCCAGAGAAUGUGCACAACUGUUCCAUUCUCAGAAAAACUGGAGUAAGACCUUCAGUAUCAUGGCUUCCCUGAUGGAGAAUGCCAAUGGCUAGUCUGUCCAAAAACAUUGUCUAGACUUCUUGGACUCAGGAGAAAUUUUGGCAUGUUUCCAACAGAUUUACCAUUAAGAUUUGAGAGCUCUUUUUCCAUCUUCCUUUAGAUCAUUGUUCAUAUAAAGGUUUUUGUUCUAACUUCUGAUCUUUUCAAAUAAUGUAUGAUUUAAAAAUAUGUAUCUCAUGAUGACCAGAAAUGGAGAAAAAUUGAAGCUUCAAUGAUCUUAAUAGUUAUUAUUGAGUUGCAAUUAAUUUCUUGGUGCUGGACACCACGUUGUUCCAUAAAAUCCAUUGCUGGCAAUAGACAUCUCAGGAGCAACCAGUUUGAAUAAAUUAAAGAAAUACAAUCUUCUGACCCAGAAAGAGUUUAUUUUUAAGUGUCAUUCCAAUAGUAUCUCAUUGAUUUUAUUAGUAUCAUCAUUUGCUAUUGUUUGUCAAAAAACACUCAACAAUCCAGUUUUAGAAAUAGUUGAUUUUAAAGAUGUGAUUGAGAGGACAAAAAAAAUAAGUUUCUGAUGAUUAAAAUUAUUUCUCCCAAUAAUUGAUUUCUACAUAUAAAUGCAUCCAUCUCUUUUAAUGAUCUCCUCCAUUGCCUUAUUCAGACAUGGAGAUGGCACUGAGUCUCCAAAGGGUAUGGUAGCAAAUUCUGGUUCUGGCUUACCAGGACAAAAAGAAAGGCUUAGAUCCUGAGAUCCAGAGGGAGAAGAAGGUCAGAGACCAUCUAGUCCAAACACCUCAUUAUGCAUACAAGAUAAUUGUAGCUCAGAGAAGUAGUAUCAGAGGUUUGAUAUGAGUCUGGGUCUUCUAGGUCUGGGGAUAGAUUUUGUUUUUCCUAGUACGAACCUAGUAAAAUGUAUAGUGGCUUAUCACUAUAUUGGGCAAAGGAAGGCGGAUUAUUUUAAGGGGUGGGUGGGUAUAGAAUGUCUCUAAAAUUUCAGCUAUUAAUUUUUACAUGUACUGGUGGAGCAGAGGGCUCACAGCUGUGGAAUUUUUGAUCCUUAAAGAAUCUUCAAAAUUAUUCUAAAAUAGUUUAAUAGAUAAAAAGAUAAGAUUUUUUUCAUUUAAUUCAACACAUAUUUAUUAAACACCCACAAUUGCCAGGUACUAUGCUAGUCAUUGGACAUACCAAAUAAAAAUUUUUAAAAAAGCAGUAACUUCUAUGCUAUUGGGUUUAAUUUAGGGACAUCUUUAUGUUAGCUUUCUAAUACCAGAAUCUAGGAUUCCUGUUCUGAUCAUGAGUAAGAUGCAAAAUAAGAAUUUGCCCUAAAAUCCUAGUACGGAUCAGAAAGCAAAAGCAAUCUAAGAAUGAAAAAUAAUCUCUACCUGUUUCCCAUUCCAUCUCCAUAAUGUUACAGAACACUUAUUCUUCCUCAAAUAAUUAAAAGUUUUGAUUCUGUCAAAAUAUAGAAUUAAAUGGAACCAUCUUUUUUCAAAUGAAAUUUAAGUCUGUAAAAAUGUAUUUUAUUGACACAUAACUUUGUAUGUGCAGUUUCAUAUAUCUGUAUAAAACUAAGUUGUACAACAAACUAGACUUGAUUUAAUAGUUUUAGUAUUUUUUUCUAGGUUGUAAUUUAAUAAUCUUUAAGUGAAAUAUUUAUGAAAAAUGCCAAAGAUUCUAAACCUUA